GUUUCUUGGAGAAAAUGUCAGCACGUUUUGAGAACGUUCCUGUGGUCGAAGUUUCAGCGGACAAUUUUGCAGAAUUAUGGCCUUUUAUGAUUCGUGCAAUAAAAAAAUCUUCAUUUGUGGCACUGGACACGGUACGUGAGUGAGCAUUUUCGAAAGAAAUUUCUUCUCAAAGGUUUUCUAAACGUACCAUCUUGAUUUGGAAAAUGUUUGGGAAGAAGAGUAUAAUUACAACUGUAUUUCCAUUUUAAUCGAAUUUCAGUAGUGUAAUCUUUAACCCUGUACACCCUAGCACCAGUCUUCAUAUUCUCCAUACUGUUCUCUAUAAAUUUCGUGGUAUUGACAAGGAGAAUUUGUUUAACAAUCAAGAGCUUCUUUUGAUGGUGAUCACUUCCUUCAUUCUCGUGACCUUAAUGUUUGAUCCAGGGGUGAUAUUGUGGGGAGAAAUUAGACGCUAGUCACUCUUUAUGGGUUAAAGGGUUAGAGAAAAGCCUAAAUUUGGGCAAUGUUUGGGAAAAUAAAUGCAUCUGUUGUUUUUUUUUCUUGUAGGAGAUGAGUGGAAUUGGUGAGAGAAAGAAUCUAAUGACACAGUAAGCAACAAUGUUCUGAUAUCAUUUUCUACUUUUCAGUCUCUAUAACUGUCUGAAUAAUUGGCUUUUUGAUUGCUAUUCAUUUCUAUUUAAUCAUAACUUAUCUCCAAUUUUAUUUAAUAUUUGACUUGAUUGGAGUAUUUUCAAUACCACACCAUACAGUCUUGGUUCACUAAAAUUUACGGAAUGUUGCUUUUGGAACUCUUUACCUGCUAUUCAAAAGAUCCCAACUGGCUCACUACCUGGGUUUAUAAUUAUUAUUUAUUCCUUAUGUACUUUGUAUUGUUUAAAUAAUCAUGAUAGUAAUGUUUAUUGAGAUAAUUUUUUCAUACCAGUAUGGUUUUUAAAAAGGAACUCAUGAGAUUAAUAAAUAUGGAAUACACCAAAUCAAUGAUAAAAUUGAAUGCUCAAAUAUAUAAAAACUAUUAAAUGUACGAUGAAUUUUUUGGCAGCUGAUAGGUAGUAUGUAUCAAUUGCUAGGUGCAGAGGUUUAACCCUUUAACCUCAAAGUGUGUCUGGCUUCUAAUUUCUCCUUACAAUAUCACACUUGAAUCAAAUGUAAAGGUCAUGAGAAUAAAGGAAAUGAUCACCAAUUUAAGAAGCUUCUGAUUGUCAAACAAAUUCUCCUUGUCAUAACCACAAGAAUGUAGAGAGAGCAGUAUGGAGAAUACAAAUACCAAUGUUACCGUAAUUUCCGCCCAUUUACCUGCACAGCAGAUUACCUGCAUUGGUCAAUUUUUGCAAUAAUGAGAAAACAAUUUCAACAGAUUACCUGCGCUGGCAGAUAACCCGCCCCCAAAAACAAAAUAAAAUGGUCAACUUAUGCAAAGUUCCUUCAUUGUUUUUGUUGACAUGAUAUCCUUUAGCGUGCAAUUGAUAAAUUUUCACACUUUUUGUCUUUGCUAUUUCAUUGAGAAUGAUACCAAUUGUAAAAAUCUGUUCUAAAAAAAAAUCAAUAUCACAAGAUCUACUGGGUCAGAGAAAUCACUUGAAAUGGGAAAAUACUCUUUACCUCAAGGCAAUGCAAGAAAAGAAAAUUUCUCUGAUGCGUCAAAUAUUCUGUUGCGCUAAUUAAUUAUGUAGUGCCACGAAAUUAACAUGUUGGUAUCAUUUUCUGUGUGAAUUGCCCUGAAGCUAGUCUUUUCACAGUAGUUGAAUUCUUUUAUUUCCAAGUUCACUUCCCGUGUAAGUGAGAAUUUUUUUUUUAACUAAACAAAGAAACAAGCUGUGAAAUUGACAAGGUAAGAAAGUAAGAGUACGAACAAGAUGAAAGCUAUGUUAUCGAGUUUUGUAUAUUUUCGAUUUGCAUUGGCUUUCAUUGAGAGCAAUAAAGAGAAAUCUGCGAGAAAUAAAUUGAGUUAUUGCACAAGUUUUUUGAAGAGUACUUUAGUGGAUCUUAUCACCUGUUUUUUUCCUGUUUAUCAUUUUUAACUACACUGGAAGCUUUAAAAAUUAAUGUUUUACCUGCAUCUUCCUAUAACCUGCGCCAACAACUGUUUGUGGAAAAAUUAACAGAUCACCUGUGGGUUAUCAGCUGGAAAUUACUGUAUUUUGUCAAGGGUUAACCCUUUCGCUCCCAAGAUAACAUUAGUAAUUCUCCUUACUGCCUGCCAUAUAAUUCUUAUGAUGUUAGUUCAGAGAAUUUGGUAUUGGAUCAACUAAUAAUGCCAUAAUUAAUACUUUUCUUUAUUCUUAUUACCUUGGUCACUUGUGGGAGUGACAGGGUUAACAAAAUUGUAUGUCUUAUUCUUCAGAUUUGUUGAAGACCGGUAUAAAUACAUGUGUGAAGUGGCACAAUCCAGGGCCAUUCUCUCUCUUGGCAUUUCUUGUUUCAAAUUGAAGAAGAAAAAGAUGAAUAAUGACACAGAAUGCAAAGAAUCUGAAACAAAACUGAACAUCAGGAUCAAGACAUUUAACAUUGUUGUCCUUUGCACUGAAAACUUUGUGGUAGAACCAAUGUCUUUGACAUUUUUGGUCGGACAUGGCUUUGACUUUAACAAACAGUAUGCCAAAGGGGUUCCAUAUUCAAGAGGAGAUGAUAAGUUACAGGUAAUACUGGAUUGAAUGUUACCUUAAUGAUAAUUUGUACAUGAAAAAAUUAUGCACUUCUGAUUGGCUGAAAAAAAGUGCAUUCUCAUGUAACACAGGUGCAAAGUUGUCCCACGCUUGUGACAAGAUGAAAAAACAUCUUUCUUAAUUCUUCAUUGAGCUCAAAACUUACCAUCUUUACUAUUUCUAUCAGGUGCAAAGUUGUAACACAAGUGAAUUACCAAUAGCAUGUACACGCUUUCAAAAUCUUGUCCCUCUCGACUUUCUGUGAUGUUUUUUUAUGUAAAUUAUUAACAAGUAAUAACCUAAUUUCUCUUGCAAUUUGGUGUAAUAAGCACUUGCAAAGACUACAAAUUUCACUUGCCCUACUGGCUUGUACAAUUUUGUUGUCUUUGAAAAAUUAAUGUGUGCUUAUAAACAACAAAUUGCACUGGAAGUCAUGUUAUUACCAAUACUUAUGGGAGUGGGAGACUCCCUAGUGCACUGGAUUGAAGGUUGGUAAGUUUGAGACCUGGUGGGUCAAUGUGUGGUGUUCUUGGGCAAAAUGCUUUACUUGCACAGUGCCUGCCUCUCUCCACCCAGGAGUAUAUUAAUGGGUACUGGUAGAUUAACAGGGGGGAAGUACUUAAUACCCCUAGUUGCUUCAUUGGACAGAAACUGGGAUAAGCUCUAGCUUGUUGGGCUACUUAGCUCAAGCACAAACUGUGCCAUAAUUAUCAGACCAUACUGUGGUGGUGUUAAGACCAGAAUUUAAAACAGUAGUCCAUCAAAGCUGGGAAAUGAAUUAAUUAGCGAACAAAUAAAUGUGAUUUAAAACCAUAGAGUGAGUAUUGAAGAAAAUUUGAUGGAAUUACUGUUACUCAUUCCCCGUUCUGUCAAGACAGUGCCUGUAUUAAGAAACCUAAUUUCAAAAAAGCAGAAGUUUCAUUAUUCUUUGAUAUUAUAGCCCAGAAGUUGCAUUUGUCCAACAACCUCCCAGAUCUUCAGAAUUUAAAGCAACAGACCACAACAGCCAAUUACCACAGAGCACAAAAAAUAUCAUAUAUUUUCCCUUAUUUUCCAAAAGCCUUUAUAGUCUCCUCAUAAACUAAAGUACUGUUUUUGGUUAUCCUUCAGGUAAAAUCUGGCACACCACAGUACUCUGUGAGAAAUCUCUUCAAUCAACUUAUUCUGGCCAAUAAACCUAUUGUCGUUCACAAUGGUUUUUUAGAUUUGGUGUUUUUGUAUGAGAACCUCUACUGCAAGUUGCCUGACAAACUACAAGUGUUUACUGCAGAUUUAGCAGAAAUGUUUCCAGCUGGUGUAUUUGAUACCAAGUUUGUGUCAGAGUACAGCGUGAGGGAACCUGCGUCAUUCUUGCUCUAUAUUUUCAAAAAAUGGUGGGUUUGUGAGAAAUUUUUUUUAUUCAAAGUCAAGGAGAAUUUGUCAAACAAUCAAAGUGUCUUUGGUUGGUGAUCAUUUCCUCUGUUUUUAUGAUCUUGUUCAAUGAUUCUGUAGUAUUACUGUUGGGAGAAAUUAGAUGCUGGUCACUAAGGGUUUAAAGGUGUAUAACAUCAUGCAAUUUGUGUUCACUUCUGCAGUACUCUUGUUUAUUCUUAGAAACUAAGGGGCAGUUAUUUAACAUCACUUUGACACAACUGCUAGGAAAAUGCUUUAACUGAAAGUCCUUAACAAGACUAUGCUCCUGCUGAGCUUGCUUCCCUAAAGCCACAGAUUUUUGUCUUUGGGUGGGUAGUUUAGCUUUUCUUUAAUGAAGCUUUCAUGAGCAGGGCACUUGAGAUUUCUUAGACAAAAGCCUUCAGGCACUCCCAGUGAUUCCCUGAGAGAACAGCUUUGAUCUUUCAAACAAAGAAAGGGUGAAUUUUGUAAUCUAAAUAGUGCUUAAGAAAUAAAAUUACAAAAAGAGGUCUGCAGAACCCUUUUGAACUUAGGUAAUGAAUACAAGGCAAAGAAAAUUACGGUAAAUUUUACUUGAAGAAUUCCAGACCAAGAAAAAGAUGGAACCACAACAUAGUUACAUCCAGUAUGACCUAUCUUCAGGUUGAGCUAAUAGCAAGUGUUUGUUCUUUAUUUAGCCAAAGGACCAACAUUCAUCAUCAAAACCAAGGAAGGAAGUAUGUUUGUCCAAAAUUUCGCGAAGAAGCCUCACUAUCAAGUUUCACUGAGCACAUCUAUUGUGGGGCACGAGAUGAAAGCGAGGCUGUCAAUGUUGACGUCAUGGUCUGUGAGAAAUUUGCGGUAAGCUUUGCAUAAUGGUUCUUGUCAGCUCUGAUCGUGCGGCUGAUGUUGUUUCUGUGAAGCAAUGCUCUUGGAGUUUCCGGCCUUAGUGGUGGCCGUUAUUUUUGAGUUGUAAACCGUUGAAUGUUUAGUUCCAUACUUCUCCAAAGUUGUACCUCUCAAAUGAUCUACAAACAUAGCUAUGAGCUCACUCGUGCGGCCAGAGGACCUAGAGAGCGAUUUUGGAAAAUGAAAAGAAUCGGAGCCACAGACGGAGACAUCUCUUGGAAGCAAUUUUAAAAUGAGCUUGGUUUAUUUCGCUCUGUGAUUGGCCCAAAAAAACUCGCAUCACUCUCUCAACCAAGAACGUGUAAACCUCAAACCAGUCGCGACUUGUUUCCCCGCAUUUUCUCGUGCUCUAGACACCUAAGUUCUAAUAGGCUCCCUGUGACAUCUGUCUUAUUGGCUCACGGCUUAAUUUGGUGUUGGUUUUAUAACCCUCAAUCAAGAUGUGCUCAUUACCGACUCGUUCAGCUUUAAUCCCCUUUACACCCUUACAUCAGUAUGCAUAUUCUCCAUAAUGUUCUCUACAAAUUUCCCAAGGUGCUGACGAGGAGAAUUUGUUUAAUGAUCCACGGCUUCUUUAGUUGAUGAUCAUUUCCUCAAUUCUUGUAACGUUAAUGUUUUAUUCAGGGGCGAAAUUGUAAGGAGAAAUUAGAUGCUAGUAACUCUCAGGGGUUAAAGGGUUAACCAAACCGAAUCUUAUUUUCACGCUCGCUCCCAUUCUCGUCCUCAGGGCCACUCGUUUUUCUUCACUCUUUCCCCCAACCACCUAACCGAAAGAAAGGGAGGACCCUGCGGACGAUUCGCUCCGACCUUUCAUUUCAAACAGGAAGCAUGCACAAAAUAUGCUACCGUUUCGUUCUCUCCAACAUUAAAGUAAAAUCUUUCCUAUUAGCUUCUUUAAAAUCACUACAUUCAGUUUUUUUGCGUUUCGCUUUGUCCGGACAGGCUUAUGGAUUUUGUCCUCGGGAAAAAUCCUGCUCAUUUUCACACGACGUCGAUGAUGUUUUAGAUCGUGAGUGGAGAGUGAAAGAAACCAAGAGGCUGAAACGAAAACGAAAACGUCACAACUCUGGUAAGUUUAGGAGCUGGAAGAAAAAUUUCACCUUUCAAUUCUUAAGUCCCUAGCGAAGAUUCAAAUCCCAGGCGGUAAACUCUUGCUUACAAGGGUUGGAUUUGUAAGAAUGUAAGGUUAAAUGUGAAUCAAGAUACAAAGUCAGCACUCGAGCUAAAUGGCUCAUUCUCCUUAAGCUUAACCAGAUUUCCUUGACAUAAAGCGACUCGGAGUAUUCCUUCACUCUCCUGUAUAGAAUACCAGUCAAUCGCAGGUACCCCUCUCCAUAAUUUCCUCAGGUUUCCCUAAUUAUCAGCGCUUCAGCACAAGCGUUUCUUCUACCGCCGCAAAGUAUAGACCUUGAGCUAGGUGAGCCAGCGAGAGGUCUGCAAGUGGUCUACCACUGUUUGCUAGUGCUGGACCCCCGUCAAACCUCUCCACGACUCGUCUCUAAUGUUCCCGUGGGCGGAGAAACGUGCGUCCCGCUCACAGUUUUUUUCCGGACAUUUUGUUGGUACUAAUUUUUCAUCUGGGUGGAGGGUAAACAACACAAUGACUCUCGACCGGAGUCCAGAACCCUAACUGUGAGGCCACAACGUCUCCCAAUCUGAAUCACACGAAGUCUAAUUAUUUAGCAACUGUUUUAUUCAUUCUAGGUAAUAAUGAAUGCGAUGUAACUAAAACACAUGGUACUGAAAAUUCGCCCCAAACAGACACUUCGGAGGUAGUGGGUGCACGUGAUAAACAGGACACUCGCGUGACGUAUCUGCGUGAUGCUCACGUGAGUCAAUCCAACGGCGUCAAGACACGUGACUGUGGUCACAGAGCAGGUUUCGAUGCGUUUAUGACCGGCUAUUGUAUGGCGACUUAUCUAUUACAGCUUGGCAAAGAAAGUGUUGAUAACGAACUCAGCCUCUCCUCCCUAGUGGAUGUUGCGAACAAGCUAAGCCUUACAAGGAAAGACGUUCCAUUACAGAUCACUCGAAGUCAUUUCACUCGACCGUCAGCUUCGCACGCUGAAAAACUUAAACGACUGAAAAAUCAGCCUGAGUCGUCGGAACAGACAUAG